AUGGACCAAGAUGUCUUCGGCGCUCCGACCCCGAACCCUCUGGCAAACCUCACAGAGCCCGCGCUGGACUCUAACCUCAGUCAGUUCAACGGCGGUUCGGCGGCAAUUGCGAGCUUUUCCGCGCUAUCGGCACUCAUGGUUUUGUUCCUUCUCAUACAGCUCAUCGUAAUCACACUCUUUCCCAUGGGAAGGAAACUUGUUACCGAUAUGCAACCCAUACGUGUUGAACGUGCGUUUCUUAGGACGCAUCUAGGGAUGUACGUCUUUUGCCUGCUGAUCACCAAUUUGUCUUCUGCGGUUGGAGGCAUUAUACAAGCAGUCUGGGCGAUCAGAAUGACAAUGAGUCAAGAUCUUGGCGCCAGUGGGAGCAUGUCAGUCCUCGUAUGGGAGUUCGCAACGUGUCAAGCGCAAAGCUGGCUUUUUCAGAUCGGAGAUGUCGGCGCCGCGGUCUGGGGUACUGUGAUGGCUGUUCAUGCAUUUCGAACGCUCGUUCUGCAUCGUAUUCUUACCACGAAGGCUCUCGUUCUGGUGUUGGCUCUUGGAUGGUUCUUCAUCUUGUUCUUCGCAUUCGCUGGACCUGUUAUCGUUCAGCGGAACAGCGGCAUCUCGUUCUAUGGCCCUGUCUUCUCCGACAACGGCCCACUAUGGUGUUGGAUCUACUACCCAUACGCCCAAUUCCAGUUCUGGUUUCAUUAUCUGUUCCUGAUCCUCGCUGCUCUGUCCUCUGCGGUUCUGUAUAUCAUGGUCUUCGUCAUUUUGCGUUAUCGUCAGAGAAAGCAACUGGAGAAUACUGGGUCGGACCCAAUAGCUUGGCGGUAUGAAGCAUGGCUGCAGAUUGUGGUCAAGAGGAUGCUCGCAUACCCGCUAGCUUACGUCGUCAUGAUCAUGCCAAUCACGCUCUGCCGACUAGUGGCGCUUUCUGGCUUCCCAGUGUCUUCCCUCGCCUUCUUUAUCUCGUCCAGUAUCUUUUCAUUAACUGGUUUUGUCAAUGGUCUUAUCCUCAUUUGGGGAAGCAAGGUAUGGCAAACAGCCCAAUGGAGGACGCUCAUCGACUAUUGGUGCCGACGUACUUCGGAGAGUCACGACAUAGAGCAGUCACCGAGAAUGGAUGGCCAAGGUGGUGCCGUGUUGAGCAAGAAAGAAGGCAAGCGGGCAUCGGUUUCUCCUGGCUCACACCCAUUCUGCCUCGACCCAGCACCUCGACGAAAUAAACGACCAUCGUUACCUCCCUUGAUUACUGUUCAGAUGCCAACCCCUGUUCCUCCGAAUCACGAUGCAGAUGAGCUAUCGCAGCAACAGGAUAGUGCUGGUUCUACAGCCUCGAAGUACAGCUUCGAGAGUCGAAAGAGGAAAUCGACUUUUUUUGCCGAAGCAUUCGAGGUUCCUCUACCGCUGCCCGUGCGCCCGCUGGUCACCCGCAAACCGGUUCCUCCUGUAGUUCCAAAGAGAAGCAGUCUUCGAAACAGAAACAGAAUUCCACGUUUUUCAGUCACUUUCACGCACCACGCCCAGACCAUGGAAGAACCAUCGCCUAUAUCGGCCAUUGACGAGCCGUCUACGUCUAUCUUGGAACGUUUCCCCAUUCCUCCUCUUCUGCAGCGACUCGCCGAAGUCGGCCCAUCAAUGGCAGGCUUGAAGAGGGGGAGCAAAUCGGCCCCGACAUCGCCCAAGCUUCCGGUUCGUCCUGUGGGCCCUCGUCCAUAUCCGACUCUGCCCGCCCAUCCAGGUGUUUACAUUACGCCACCCCCGUAUAAUGAACCGGAUAAGGCACCAACACAACCAACAGUGCAAACACCGACCGACAUCAUUCUUUCUGUUCUCAGGAGUGACGAUGAACAAGACUCCGAUGGCGGCGAUUCUGAAGGCAGCCUCACACCUCCGAGCGCAAAGGCUGCAUCAAUCUUCUCCUCGACGACUGUGACACCCAGUAACUACCGAAAACGGAAGAGUCGUAGGAGUACUCGCAGGCUCACCGUCACGGCCUCGAACAAUGAGGGCGGAGUGACGUCUUCGGCAGACGGUGUUGCGUCGUAA